AUGGAUGUCGCGAACGGUACUGGCACCGAGCAGGCGAUGUCUACGGCGGCGGCCAACUCGACGACGCCCAGUAACGGAAGCGAGUCGGGGGCCGGAGACUUCAAGCUUAAGUUCUGCACAGUCUGCGCCAGUAAUCAGAAUAGAUCAAUGGUCUCUCAUCUUCGCCUUGCGAAUGCAAACUACCCCGUCAUUUCCUUCGGCACCGGCUCCCUUGUCCGCCUGCCCGGCCCCUCCAUCACCCAGCCCAACGUCUACCACUUCAACAAGACGUCCUACGACUCCAUAUUCAAGGAGCUCGAGUCCAAAGACCCGCGUCUCUACCGCGCCAAUGGCGUCCUGAACAUGGUCGACCGCAACCGCCAUGUGAAAUGGGGCCCCGAGCGCUGGCAGGAUUGGCAGGUCGGCAUGCCGCGCCUUACCCACACAGAUGACCGCGGCAGCGCCGGCGUUGAGGGUGGCGUCGUCGACAUCGUCAUCACCUGCGAGGAGCGCUGCUGGGACGCUGUCAUCGACGACCUCAUGAAUCGCGGCGCGCCCUUGAACCGCCCUGUUCACGUCAUCAACGUUGACAUCAAGGACAAUCAUGAAGAGGCCAGCGUCGGAGGGCGCGCCAUCCUCGACCUCGCGAACUCCCUGAACGCCGCUGCCGUCGAGGAGCGCGAGGCUGUCGGCGCCGCGGCGUUUGAUAGUGGGAGUGCGUCCAGCCGUGCAAGCUUCGACGAGAGAGUCCCGGACAUCCUGGCUGCGUGGCAGGAUAGAUGGCCACAUCUGCCGGCUGUAUGGACAUUGGCUUGGUUUUGA